CCAAAGUUCCCCAACUCGAGGAACUCAAGAAUAAGCAGAUCCCCCCCCCUUCAAUUGCAGUAGGAAGUCCUUGUUGAUGCCUCGACGGCUUGGCCACUAGAAGAGGCCUGAGGUAGAGCGAGGAAGAUAAGAGAUACCGACGGAGAGGGGUCGAGAGGAACAAAUUUGUCUGGCACUGAAGCUACCCACCUACCGCUUGCCUAAUAUGGCCCAGAAGUGCGUUCACAAGGGCUGCGGCAAGACGUUUUCGGACCCCGCCGAGGUCUGCAUCUACCAUCCUGGUCCUCCAGUUUUUCACGAGGGUCAGAAAGGCUGGAAGUGUUGCAAGCCGAGAGUCCUAACCUUUGACGAAUUCCUCGAGAUUCCCCCUUGUACGGAGGGCAAGCACAGCACCACAGACCUACCUCCCGGGAUCGAGAAGAAGCCGGUGGAGGCAGUCGACGCCGACUCUCCAGCCAACUCUUUGGCUGCCAAGUUGGCCGAGGCCGUAGCUGCCCCGUCCAACCGUGUGCCUAUCGCUCCCCAGCCAGCUCCUACUGCGCCGCCGCCGCCGCCCGAAUCCGAAGAAGACGAACCGUCUCUCGACAUCCCCGACGGGAAAGCCUGCCGGCGGAAGGGAUGCAACAUCACCUACAAGAAGGGGCAGACUAGGUCUGACGGUGAAAAGUGCGUCCAUCACCCGGGCGCCCCCAUCUUCCAUGAAGGGAGCAAGGGGUACAGUUGUUGCAAGCGGCGCGUGCUAGAGUUCGACCAGUUCAUGAAGAUAGAGGGUUGCAAAACAUCCCCCAGGCAUCUCUUUAUAGGCUCCGGGAAGCAGAAGGGCAAGGCAACCGCCGCUAACCCGUCUCCCGGUGCCGAGGGCGGCGAGCUACUCGAGUCGGUGCGCCACGACUUCUACCAGACACCCUCGGCAGUGAUAGCCUCCUUCUUCCUUAAGAAGAUCGACAGCUCUAAAGCGACGGUGAGGUUUGAGCCCCAGGCGCUCGCGCUCGAUCUGCGAACGAGCGACGCGCAGCCGAAGCACUACCAGGCUACCGUCCCCCUCUUCGGGCGGAUCGACUGUGAGAAAUCUACGUACAGGAUCCUCGGAACAAAACUCGAGGUCAACUUACACAAGGCUGACGGCACGAGCUGGCCGGUCCUGCGGAGUGACGAUCGACCGACGGGCGAAAUCUUACAGGUCGGACGAGCAGGUCGAGUAUAGUCAUCUUAACCGGUGUCCUGUUCCAUCCAUCCAAAGCCUCUCCUUCUCCGAUAAUCUGCAGUUGU